AUGCCGCCGAAGUAUGCAAUGUCGGAUUCUGAGUCUGAAGCAGAAGGCCACGUGCCUGCUACCCCCUCUGAUGAGGUACUGGAGAAAAGUCUUCGCGAUACUGUAGCUGGGAUCUUCAAAUCGGGGAAUAUGGAUGAAUUGACCGUGAAGCGCGUGCGACUUGCGGCGGAAGCAUCACUGGGUCUCACAGCGGGGUAUUUCAAAUCUACAGGUGACUGGAAGACGCGCAGUGAACAAAUCAUCAAGGAUGAGGUGGCAAUACAAGACCAGGCAGUGUUGAAUCCACAAUCCUCACCGGCCAAGCGAUUAUCUGCUUCUCCCCAAAAGCCCAAGAAAGCCACUCCUGUGAAGCGAGCCAAGGCUGAAAGCGCGCCAAAGCCCAGGAAGCGUCAAAGGACUGAAACGCCGGUAGCAGAUGAACAUGAUGAGUUAUCAGUGGCAUUCGGGAACGAAAGGGACAGGAUCGCAACGCCUACAAAACCACAAGAACCAACAGUCAAGAAGGGCUUGGCUAAGAAAACCAAGAAAGACGAGCCGGAGGAUUCUGAUGCUCUCUCCGGAGACGAGAGUGACGAGCUGGCAAAGGUUCACAAACGAUCGAAAGCGUCAGUAAAGAAUGCGCCCAUCAAGCAAACCAAAGAACAUGUGUCAGAUGCUUCUGAUGUUUCCGAUGAUGAUUUAGAAGCCGCCAAACCGACCAGAGAUACCAAGGAGGAGUCCGAAAGCGAGAUGUCGGAAGUGCUUGACGAAGAACCCAAGCCCAAGGCUCCUCGCAAACGUCAGAAGACCGCAGGGGGAGCAGCCACCAAGACGCAGAAGGUUGCCAAGAAGGACGAGGUCAUCACACCCGAUCAGGCUGAGAUCAAACGGCUGCAAGGGUGGUUGAUUAAGUGCGGCAUCCGCAAGUUAUGGGGUAAGGAGCUGGCUCCUUACGACAGCCCGAAAGCCAAGAUCAAGCAUCUCAAGAACAUGCUGGAGGAGGCUGGAAUGACCGGCCGGCCAUCUCAAGAGAAGGCCAACCAAAUCCGUGAAGCACGGGAGCUAAAGGCAGAUCUCGAGAUGAUUCAGGAAGGUGCAAAGAAAUGGGGUGCGAAGGAUGAUGAGAAGAACGAUGACAGCGAUGGCGGGAAGCCUCGGCGUAGGUUGGCUCGAGGACGACAAGCGCUUGCGUUCUUAGAUAGCGAUGGGGAAGAGACCGAUUGA